AUGGCAUCGACGUCGGUCCCUAAUUCAGCCACAGUCCCGCCACUACCGGCCCAGCCGGCGCAGGCACCAAACUGCAAUCUUGCCCACAUGAACCCACUGCCGCCCUCGGUUUUCACCCUCCCGCAGACAGCCCAGCUCGAGGCACUGUACACGAUUAUUAGGGACAAGGAGACCUCGCGCGGCGAUUUCCUCUUUUAUUCAGAUCGCAUUAUCAGAUUGCUGGUGGAAGAAGGACUGAAUCACCUGCCUGUGGUCGCGCGGACGGUUGAGACACCAACUGGCGCUAUCUACAAUGGGCUCGCAUUUGAAGGGAAGAUCUGUGGUGUAUCUAUCCUUCGCGCCGGAGAGGCGAUGGAGGCAGGUCUUCGCGAAGUGUGCAGAAGUGUGAGGAUUGGCAAGAUUCUGAUCCAGCGAGACGAGGAGACGACGCUGCCCAAGCUAUUCUACUCGAAGUUCCCUCCUGACAUCGCGCAGCGCUAUGUCCUCCUCCUUGAUCCCAUGCUCGCGACCGGAGGAUCAGCCAUAAAGGCAGUUGAAGUCCUCAUGGAACAUGGUGUGCCCCAAGAACGGAUCAUCUUCAUCAACCUUAUUGCAGCACCGGAAGGACUCAAAACAUUCUGCUCACGUUUCCCAUCUCUGAAAGUAGUUACUGGUUGGAUCGACCAAGGGCUGAACGAUAAGGCGUAUAUAAUUCCAGGGUUGGGUGACUUCGGCGAGAGGAGAUAUUGUGUCUAA